GCCAUAUCCUAUCUUCAUUCAUCUUCUUCUUCACCCUCCUCCUCCCUCGUACACUGACGCAGCUCUCUCUCCCUCGCGCGCGCUUUAAUGGCGGCAAUGGCGUGAUAAAACCGUUACCGCUGUUGCUUAUAGAGGUGCUGUCGUUCGCUUCUCAGAUGACGAAGCGACCCUCUUUUGGCUGCCCAAUUCACUCCCGCUGCCGGGGGACUUCCCACGCUCUUCAUGGCGGCUUCUCUGCUCAAGUGCUGCCCGUACGCGACUGAGGCCAUGGACAUCCCAGAAGCUAUCCCGCACCGCCGCCACCACCGUCACCUCCUCCCCCCUCCGCCCCCUCCUUUCCCCUGCUUCGACCGCUUCCUCUCCCCGUGCAUUUGCCCUCAUCCACUACACGAGAAUGUGGCCAGACUUGCUCUAUCUGCAGGGGGUUACCAUUCCCACGUGAGAUCGCCUGUCAUGUGUAUGAGGAAAGGGAAGUCAAUCCUUACUUCUAAAGGUUCCUGUGAGAUAGUUUGGACUGUCGAAGCUGAAUUGACCGAUGGUCAGCAAUUAUAUGUAACUGGUGAUCCAGCUAAGUUAGGUUGCUGGAACCCAGGGAUGGCCAUUCCUAUGUCUCGAACCUCACAUGCUAACAUAUGGAAGACUGAAAUUAAGAUUGAGGCUGGGGUAAGUUUCAAAUACAACUAUUUUAUAAAAGAAGAAUUGCGGCAUUCUGAUAUUAUUUGGCGACCUGGACCUGAAUUUUCCCUGUUAGUACCUCUACAUGAUGAUCCAGAGAGGAAAAUCAUGGUGAGGGAUUCAUGGAUAAAGAUUGGGACUAAAGGUAGAAGGUCUUCAACCCAUGCGUGGGGUUCAUGGAUAGAGGAAAAGUACCUGCCUAACGAGGCUUCAGAAGGCCCUCCAGGUAGAGAUGAAGAUCAAGCUGUGAAAUGCAUUGAAAGCGAUACGCUUCAAGUAGAGCCAUUCUUCAAGGAUCUAGCAGUCAACAAUGGUUUUUACACUGACAGCGAAGAUACAAUUACUCUCACCCGAAAGGCCUAUAAGUUGGAUGCAACUCUCUCUGAAAGAGAUCAGCCUGUUGAGGAACCAUGGCUCCUCUGGACUCUCUUUCCUCCUAUUCUCAAUGAUGGAGAGUUUGAUGAGCCCAAAGAGAGGGAUAGUAAAAAAGGCCAGGUUUCGCAGUGGGGGACUCAAAAUCAGCUUCUUGACGUUGCUGAGAAGUUGUCAGAAGGGGAGAAAGUCUUGGCUUCAGUUGAAGAUACUAUUUCAACGGUUUUAUUAAUUAAUUCUUCGAUAUGUACGAUGCAAAGGAUUGCAGUAUUGGAAGAUGGAAAAUUAGUUGAGUUGCUGCUUGAACCAGUAAAAAGCAAUGUACAGUGUGAUAGCAUGUAUCUAGGGAUAGUUACAAAACUAGUGCCAAACAUGGGUGGUGCUUUUGUCAAUAUUGGAAACUCAAGGCACUCCCUCAUGGAUAUAAAGAAAAACAGGGCGCCUUUCAUAUUCCCUCCAUUUUCUCGAGGAAAAGGGAAACAAGGAACAAAUGGUUCAGUGUCUGAAGCCCAUGAAGGACAGGCAACUAAUGAUGGAGAUGAGCAUGCAUCACACGAUUGCACUGAGCUUAUUGAUGAUGUUGCAGAAAAUUUUCCUCAGGAUAUUCCUGGAAAAUAUACUCGGGAUGAGUACGAGGAGAAUGAGGACGAGGAUGAUUUUGAUGUUCUAGAAAUCCUGAAAGGAAGUGCUAAUGGUAGUUUAGCUCAUUUUCGUGAACUAAGUAUACUAUCAAAGGAUAACAUAGGUGGCCAUGAGAAGCAUGAAGAGGGUGACACUAACUUCAGUAAGCUGCUAAGUGAAACUGAGGUGAUGAAUAGCUCUCAGGUGUCUAGCCUCAAAGAUCGAGAUGAUUCUAUGGAAACAUCUAGUUGUGAAAAUAGCUGGAACAUGGUCCGGAAAGGAACCAAAAUAAUCGUACAAGUUGUCAAAGAAGGGUUAGGCUCUAAAGGCCCAACUUUGACUCCCUAUCCGAAACUAAGAAGUAGAUUCUGGGUGUUGAUCACUCGUUGCGAUAGAAUUGGAGUCUCAAAAAAGAUUAGUGGCAUGGAGCGUACCCGAUUAAAAGUUAUAGCAAAGACAUUGCAGCCUCAAGGUUUUGGUCUGACUGUUAGGACUGUCGCUGCUGGUCAUUCUUUAGAAGAAUUGCAGAAGGACUUGGAAGGGUUGCUUUCUACCUGGAAAAACAUAAUCGAACAUGCGAAAUCUGCAGCUCUUGCUGCAGACGAAGGUGUUGAAGGGGCUGUUCCUGUAAUUUUGCAUAGGGCUAUGGGUCAAACACUAUCAGUGGUGCAGGAUUAUUUCAAUGAGAAGGUGAAGAAGAUGGUGGUUGACUCUCCAAGGACUUUUCACGAGGUUACCAACUACCUUCAAGAAAUUGCACCUGAUCUUUGUGACCGGGUUGAGCUAUAUAAUAAGAGGAAUCCCCUGUUUGAUGAAUACAACAUUGAAGCAGAAAUUGAUAAGAUCCUCAGUAAAAGGGUUCCCCUUGCCAAUGGAGGUUCUUUAGUGAUUGAACAAACUGAGGCCUUAGUCUCUAUUGAUGUGAAUGGAGGUCAUGGGAUGUUUGGACAGGGAAAUUCACAAGAAAGGGCUAUCCUUGAAGUGAAUCUGUCAGCUGCAAGACAGAUAGCACGGGAGUUACGGCUUCGAGACAUUGGCGGCAUUAUUGUGGUGGAUUUCAUUGAUAUGGCAGAUGAAUCAAAUAAGAGAUUGGUCUAUGAAGAAGUCAAGAAGAUUGUGGAGAGAGACCGCUCCAUAGUAAAAGUUUCUGAAUUAUCUAAGAAUGGCCUUAUGGAAAUAACCAGAAAGAGGGUUCGGCCUAGUGUGACUUUCAUGAUAAGUGAGCCCUGCGCUUGUUGUCAUGCUACUGGAAGAGUUGAAGCUCUAGAGACCUCAUUUUCGAAAAUUGAACAGGAAAUUUGUCGCUUACUUGCUACAAUGGAAACAAGAGCCAAUCCUGAAGACCCGAAGUCCUGGCCUAGAUUUAUAUUGAGGGUUGACCAUCAUAUGUGUGAAUACUUGACUUCAGGAAAGAAGACAAGGAUUGCAAAUUUGAGUAGUUCUCUUAAAGUUUGGAUACUGCUGAAGGUUGCUAGAGGUUUCACGCGAGGUGAAUUUGAGGUAAAACCAUUUAGCCCUGAUAGUAAGGGGAACAAAGAUCAGCAUCAGGCUGUCAUUCCGAUAUUGCGGCCGACUGAUGGAAGAGCGAAAGGCUCAGCGAAAAAGGUCACUUUGUUUCCCGUGAAGAAGUUCAAGGCUACCGGAUAAUAAUGCACCUAUACAAACAUCUGUCUUCCCUAGGAAGAUGGUCGGUAUAGUAUGUUAGGAAGACAGAUCGGAUCAGAUUAUUCGUAAUUGCCAACGCAAGUUGUUCAUAUAUUACAAAGUUACAAAUGCGUCGGUCUAUAAGUGCUACUGAUCAACAGCGUUUACUUGUCAUUGAUGCCGGUUCAUGUACAAUAUGAUCACUUUUAGCUUUUCAGUGUUUUUUAGCUGUCACUUGAUACUUGUAUGCAAGGAAUCCCGUUGCGGAAAAAAGAGGAGAUCUGCGUGCCAUGCGAAUUUCAUCCUACUUUGUAUCAUGCUCAUCAGCUGAAGGUUCUUCUAAGCAGCUAAAGUGGUUAUA